GGGGCUGCCUGGAACAGAAAGACUAGCCCCCUCCUAGUGAAGGAGGAGUGGGGGUUUCAGCCCCACCCUUAGCAAGAUGCCACUUCCCCCUCUCCUGCUCUGUGAAACUUCCUCUCUGUCCAACUUAGCUGACAGCACCCAGACCCAGGGCCAACCCCCUGGCACUGGGACAGAUCAAGUGAUCAGCUAUACCACCUAGCCCUGACCUGAGAUUGCCACCAGCUUCCAACCGGUGUCUGGCAAAACUUGUCCUUGUGAUGGACACGAACACUACAAGCCGUCCAGGCCCCUCCUCAGGAGGUGCCACCUUCAUACCUCUGUUGGCUAUGAUCCUAUUGUCUGUGUCGAUGGCUGUGGGGCUUCCAGGCAACACCUUUGUAGUGUGGAGCAUCCUGAAAAGGAUGCGGAAGCGGUCUGUCACUGCCCUGAUGGUGCUGAACCUGGCCCUGGCUGACUUGGCCGUGUUGCUCACCGCUCCCUUUUUCCUGCACUUCCUGGCCCGGCGCGCCUGGAGCUUUAAACUGGCUGGCUGCCGCCUGUGCCACUACAUCUGUGGAGUCAGCAUGUACGCCAGCAUCCUGCUCAUCACAGCCAUGAGUCUGGACCGCUCCCUGGCGGUGGCCAGUCCCUUUCUGUCCCAGAAGGUGCGCACCAAGGCAGCUGCCCGGUGGCUACUGGCAGGCAUCUGGGUGGCAUCCUUCCUGCUGGCCACACCAGUCCUAGCGUUCCGAACGGUGCAGGUGCUCAAGGAGGUGGAGGUGUGCGUCCCGAACUAUCCCAGCGACAGGCACAAGGCCUUUCACAUGUUCUUUGAGGCCUUCACAGGAUUUGUGGUGCCCUUCCUGGUCGUGGUGGGCAGUUACUCCGACAUCAGCCGUAGGCUGCGCCUGCGCCGCUUCCGCCGCAGCCGCCGCACCGGCCGCCUGGUGGCGCUCAUCAUCCUGGCCUUCGCGGCUUUCUGGCUGCCCUACCACGUGGUGGGCCUGAUCGAGGGAAGCCGCGCGCUGGCCGGGACGCUAGACCAGUCCCUGCCAGAGCUGACAAAAGCCCGCCACGUUUGCAUUGCGCUGGCCUUCCUGAGCAGCAGCGUGAAUCCGCUGCUGUACGCGUGCGCUGGCGGCAGCCUCCUGCGCUCGGCUGGCGUGGGCUUUGUGGCCAAGCUGCUGGAGGCUACGGGCUCUGAAGCGUACAGCACCCGCCGCGGGGGCACCCUGGCCCAGACUGUGAAGGGUCCUCCCAUGUCUCCAGAAACUGGCACCGGUGAAAGCCUCGACGCUCUCAAGCAAAGCGAAUCAGACUAGGUCUGGUGGAAGGACACUCAAUUUCCUCCUCGUGGAAUGCCCCGCGCUUUUUGACCUAAUUCAAUUCUGUACGGGGAGGAGAAUGGAUGUGCAGAGGUGGGUGGAGAAGAAGAGGAGUGGGAAAAAUUAGGGAAGAGAGAGACAGAGACAGAGAGACAGAGACAGACAGGAGACAGAGACACACACAGACAGAGGGACAG